UAUUCACCUGUCUGUGAGACAAAAGGGGAAACUGACAGCGGGAUAAAACUUGAGUUAGUCCGGGGUGGUGUUGACAUUUCGGGUCACAGGAAAUUAGGGAUUAAUCCUGGAUGGUCGCUAAAGGGCAAUCCAACAUGGUGGGAUAGAAAAGGGAGAAUGAUGCAACUCUGACGCAUAUCCUGCUUUAUCUUGGCUGACAUGAGGAUUUGAACUUCACUGAGUGCUGAUUACUGUUUGAAAUCCUGAAAUAUUUCAUCACAAUCCCAUGCCCAAUGGAGAACAAACACCCAGCCAUUGCAGGGAAAGAGAGAGGACCAGGACCCGGGCGCUAUAGACUCCCUCCCACCAUUGGAUUUAUUGGGCAUGACUUCACAAAACCAGCCUGUCCAGCCUACUCUUUCCAUGGCAGGGUUAAUAAUAGCAUGCUUUCUGUUGACUCCAGUCCUGGACCUCUAUAUAAUGUUGAUGCAAAAAUGACCCGCUUUGGAAAGGAUGGCACACCUGCAUAUUCAAUGAGGACAAGAAUAAAAGCACAAAUAGAAGAGUUAUUCAGCACACCUGGACCUGGUGCAUACAGUCCUGAGAAAGCACCACCUUGCAACCUGCAGCGCAGACCUCCAUGCUACACCAUGGGCUCUCGCACCCGCUACCGCAGUGCAGAUCCAGUCCCUGCUCCCAACAAGUACAGCCUGCCCCCACUCAUCGGCUCUCAUAUCCCCAACAAGAGAGCCAGCGCAAGUUACACCAUCCCAGGUGCUUUCAGCAUCGGGGGACCUUCUGUUGAUCUAGCAAAGACCCCUGGACCCUGCAGAUACAACAGUACGGACCCAAGUGUUUAUCUGCGUCGGCAGCCUGCGUUUUCCAUGCUUGGGCGUCAAAACUUACCAAAAGACAAGAGCAAAAAACCUGGUCCAGGGGCUUAUAAUCCUGAGAACGUCACAGCUCACAAGACCAAAGCACCUGCAUACUCAAUGGGCGUCAGACACUCUGAAUUCGUCACGCCAUUAGUGGUUGCUUUUUCUGACUGACAUUAAAAUAGUCAAAGAAAUUGCAAAACAGCAACUCUACAUUACAUUGAACUUUUUAUUUUGUUCUUCACAUAACAAGGUAUUUGCUGGCAACAUUUCAAACAUAUAAUAAUAAAUUCUUAUGAUGCAAACAAAUGUUUAACAGAAAAUCCCCUCAGUACAUAUACCAAUUCCAAAGCCCAAGGGGGAAAAAAUGUUUAAAGUGAAAAAAUGACAAGUAAACAUUCCCCUUCAUAAUAUACCAUAUACAAGGUUCUAUUCACAGUGAACAAAAGGUGCUUGCUUUUUAUUACAAGCAAUAGAAAAAAAACAACAACAAAACGACAGGAAAUUUUAAAGAAAAAAAGAUUUUCCUCA